AUGCGUGCCUUCUCCACCGUUGCAGUCGCUGCCGCCAGCUUUGUUGCUGCUGCGGUAGCUCAGAACGCGACGAGCACCGGGUCAAGCUCGAUCCCAGAGUACACACUCCAGGCGGAGAACAUUACCGCGAAAUUAAUUCCAUACGGCGCGAGACUCACCUCGUUGGUCGUACAAGACCGCAACGGUGACGAACAAGACAUUGCUGUCGGCUACGAUGAUCCGGAUCAGUACCCGAUUGAUACAGAGACCAACCACACUUUCUUCGGUCCAGUAGUCGGUCGUUAUGCAAACCGCAUUCGCAACGGCACCUUCGAGCUCAACGGCCAGAACUAUAGCAUCCCCACCAAUGAGAACGGCGGCCUCGACACUCUACAUGGCGGGACAGUUGGCUACGAUGCGCGCAACUGGACAGUCGUUACCAGCAACGACACAUCGAUCUCGUUCAGUCUGCUCGACACGGGAUUCGAAGGCUUCCCUGGCACCGUUCUGACCAUCGCCACCUACUCGGUCCUCUCUUAUCCCUCAGGCCCACAGGGUGAGAUGCGACCUCGUUUGACGGUCUCGCUCGUUUCCUCUGCCCUCGAUGAGCCUACCCCAAUCAUGCUGUCCACCCACAUCUACUGGAACCUCAAUGCCUUCAAGUCGCAGACGGUUCUUAACGAUACUACGCUGUGGAUGCCAUACUCUGAUCGCUACGUCAUGACUGAUGGUAUCCUGAUCCCGACCGGUGAGAUUGGUACAACCGCCUCCGAGCCUGGUCUCGACUUCACCGUGCCUAAGACUAUCGGCGACGCUGUCGCGGACGCAGAGGGUCUGUGCGGUACCAAUUGCACCGGCAUCGACAAUGCCUUCAUCAUCGACCGCCCUUCGUUCGUACCGGCCGAGACCAAAGUCAAAGUACUGAGCGUGUGGUCCGAUAUCACCGGUAUUCAGCUGGAUGUGUCCACCAACCAACAGGGUAUACAGGUGUACACUUGCAAUGGACAGAAUGGUACCAUCCCCGUAAAGCAGAGCCAACAGGACCGCAACAACGGCACCGACGAUGCCGCUGGAUACGUGGAGAAGUACGGCUGUGUUGUCAUUGAGCCGCAGGCUUGGAUCGAUGGUAUCAAUCAUCCCGAGUGGGGCGUAGACAAGUACGAGAUCUUUUCUCCAGAGACGGGGCCGGCGGUGUGGUAUACUAAUUAUGACUUCUCGACCUACUGA